ACAGCAAUUUUGUCUGUAAUUUUUGUAAUUUUAAAGAAUUUAUAUAUUAGAAACAUGAUCACCGGUUUUCUUUUCGGACCAUUUCGGACCAUUUCGGACAUUCAUAAGUAGUCGGCAGAUUUAUACACCUAUUGCAAAUACAAGUAUGAAAAGUUUAAUAAAAUAUAAAGUUUGAUCAAAUUUUAUAUUCUUUGCGAUGUGAAAGCAUUAAAGUCAUUGAGAGGUUGGGGUAAUUUUAAAUGAAAAAAACGCUGAAGUAGAGUAAAUCUACCAAUACAUAUUUAUUCUAUAGAGUGGUGAUCUCACAAGCUGAGGUUCGUUUCUCCACCGCCGACGGCGUGGAGAUAGAAAAUCAUCAAACCUUAUAUCAUAACACUGUCACAGAUCCGAAGUUUAUACAAAAGCAUGCAUAACCAAUAACAAUGCAUAAGAUCAUAAGACUGAUUUAUUAUAAAACAAGAUUCAUUAUUAUUAUUUGUUUAGAACACAGCAGAUUUAGUUUCAUAGAUAUGUCGUGUACACGAGUCAAAUUUCGUGGAGAAGUCGAAGAUGUAUUUAAGUUAGACCAAAAAGACGUUUAGGUUUUUUAAGAAGGAAAAUAAGAAUCGUGUUCGCAUGCUAACAAUUUAUUUUAUCGAUCGAUAUGUACUUUAGAAGUUAAUUUUGAUCUAUUUAGGCCCAUAAAUAAUUUUAUUUGUAGCACACAUAAUACACUUUUAAUACAUUUUUAUACUCUAUUAUUCUCUUAUCUCAUCAGCAACUGUUGCGGUACAAAAAUGAAAUGAUAAAAUACAAUUGCCGACUAAAGCGUGGGCAUACAGAUCGCUGAAUUCAAUAAAUGACUGAAAUCAUCAUGACGAGUAAUGUGACUAGUAAAGACUUAACAGACAGCGUGGACGACUUGAUAGGAAAAGUGAAAUCACUAGCAUUAUUAACUGAGACUCCAAAUGCUAAUGCAAGAUAUGACCAAUGUAUGACCUGUGUGAAAGCAGAUAAACCAUUAUCAAAUAUUCAAAUGGCUGUGUACCACAUAUUGCAUGAAAUAAUUGACCAGAAAGUGAGCAAAAUCAUCCUGAUCGACGCGCCGAGCGGAACAGGCAAAAGUCACCUUCUAUCUUCCUUAGCAAAGUGUUACGAUGAAACAACACAGUAUGCUGUAUUCAGAAGAGAUCAAGCGAGCGAGCUUUCAUUAAAACAGAUCUCAGCGUACACGUACGUUUCCUACAACAUGCGUAAUUUUAAACUAAAUUAUCAUGAGGCGCUAAUGAUGUUCAACGUUAGGGGUCUAACUAACAUUGACAUUCUUUAUAAGCUCAUUACGUACGCAUCGAAGUAUGUGUACAUUUCUGAUAUGGUAAAAGCUAUUAUCUUAGACGCGUACACUAUAGUUUCACCAUUCAUGUUAUUGUUGUUGUAUAUAGUAUCGUUAAAGCAUAAAAUAACUUUAAUUUUCGCCGGUAACAAACUGCAGCUAAGUUCCAUUAGUACUUGUUCAGAAUUCCAUAACAGUAAUAAUUUCGAUUUGAUUGAGGUAUUUAAUGAUGUGACGAUAAACGAGCUAACUGCUAAUUUGCGUUCCGAUGACAAGAAUUUCUUAGAAAAAGUGUCAUGUUUUCGUGACAUGAUCGCUAGCUACAAAGCUAAAAAAACUGUUCCGUUUCACUUUAAUUUACGUUACUUUCUCUACUGUCUUUUUCGAAACAAAUUCGAUCCAAGAAUUCAAGAAAAUUUUGCUGCUCUUUACAUGGCUCCAUUUCACCAUACUAUCACACAACGUUUGUAUCGUUUUAUGAAGAAUCCGGGCCUAAAUCAAUUUCGGGUGGAGUCGUUUCCAAUGGUGCCUUUCAACUUCGACGAGAAAAUUCAAGAAAGAUACAAAUUUUUUCCAGGAUUGCUUUUGGUAAAAGGUUUUAAAUAUUUUUAUGUCACUAGUGCAGGCGUUCACCAUAUCGUUGUAUUAGAAGAAAUGAUUUUUGUUGCUGCUACCUUGGCAAAGUUAGUUAUUCGUUACGCAGAUGGCAAUAGGCAUACAAUUGAACGUGAAGAACUGAAUUAUUACCAAAUUUUACCAGCUUAUCGUACUUGGUUGGAACAUAUGCAGUUCCCAGAAAAUAAGCCUAUCUAUCAAUUUCCGUUGAAGCCAUAUACACUGACGUAUCAUGCUGUUUUAGGCCGUACAAUCAGUGAUAUUGUCGAAUUUAGUACAAAUUGUUCUGACGCUAGUUCCAUUUAUGUCGGUCUUUGCAGUUUGCCAUCAGAGUCACAUAUUCACAAAUUUCAUGCUGCAGAAGAUUUCUUAAGUUUUUUAGCGACCGAUUUUAUGGCGACUGUAGAUAAGGAAGAAUAUUAUUAUCGUUGUCCACCAUACGAUGUAGGUUUCAAUAUCUAUGAAUAUCUUGGCAAUCCAGACGGCGAGGAGUUCAUAAAGUCCUUUUUAAUGGGAAUUGGUUGGAUUACUGUGAGUGAUAUCAACACGUUUGAGGAUAAGAAAUCGACAUGUUUCUUGCGUAUUAAACGUAGCGAAUAUGAGAAGCGAAAAAAACAGUUGAAGGAGUCGAAACCUACAACGUUAAUGGAAAUGACUAAAUUCGUUAAAGAUAAACCAUCUGUGAUACUCGAUACUAUGAAAAAUAUGCACAAUGAUACGGUUGAUAUUAAAAAUAUAAAAUCCAAAAAAUGGAGACAGUCACCGACAUACAAAUCCUUAGUAAAUGCAUAUAAUGAGUGGUUUUCGCAGGAGAAAGCAAAAGAUAAAGCAAAAUAAGCUAUAUUUUGUAUCUCUUUAUAUCGUUAUUUAAUAACAUAAAUUUAUUAUAUAUGUAAGUAUCUUGAGUACCUUAUACUAAGAAGUUAGUAGUUAAUCUUGCCUACCAUAAAUGGUAUUUUUUUGUUAAAAUAUAAAGAUAUAUAUUUUUAUUAAUUUUACGGCAAUAUAUAAGAAGUUAUAAAAAAAGAUAGUUGAAAUAAACAAUAUUUUUGAAGAUUUUUAA